AUGGAGUUUAAAAACCUUAAGGCAGAAUCUGUGGUGGAGUUGAGGAAUUAUGGUAAGGAACUCUUGGUGGAGGCCACCUGCUCAUUGGGUUUCAUGAUACCAGUGAAGUGGCAUAAGCCAUUUUUGGCUCCCACGCUAGCUGGUGUUUUAUAUUUUGUUGCUUCAUUGGUUGUAACUUCAUAUAUGGGGACUGAGAAAGAGAAGAGAAGGCAAUCUGCUUCUUCGACCUCACCUUGUGCCCAUCUUAGAGCUGCUUACCAUAAUUGCUUCAACAGGUGGUAUUUAGAGAAAUUUGUGAAGGGUCAUUGGGACAAAGAGGAGUGCGUUUCUGAGUGGCAGAAAUACAGAGAAUGUCUCUCACAACAUAUGGAUGAUAAGUACCUGAGUCGACUCUUAGAAGCCGAAUGCAUUGUUGAUUUUACCACUCAAGCUCAGUUUAGGCGCCCAGCUGGUGCUUCUAAAUAAGUUUCGUUUUUUAUCUGCAAUAUACAUGAAAGGUUAGUAUAUUUAAAAUAUGAUGAAAUCACUGAUAACUUUUCUUUUUUUUUACAUUGCUUAUUCCAUGGUGCAUUUGGUUGAGAUGGUUGUCGAAAACUAUUUGCGGAUCUUUUACAAGAUCAAUUCGGAUUGGCUCUGGUUCAUUUAGAAAAUGUAGUUCGAGGAACUAUAUGUGGAACAAUUAGCAAUUAGGCAUAAAUUUAUACCGACUCCACAGAAUUUGGUAGCUUCAACUCCACAGGAGACACUCUUUUGGUGAGAGGUUCCAUGUAAGGAUGUUUAUCUAUUUUCAAAAGAUUCCUGGUAAGGAUGCUUAAGAAUCAAAGGUGACCUAAAAGGGGGGUGGAGGUUACCACAGAGUAUGCCACCUAUCGAAAGAAUUGUUGAAAAUUUGUUAUGGCAAUUAAUGGUUAUUAUUUGAAUGUGGUGCUCAUUUUUUCAUUUAAGUAAUGUUUUUAAAUAAACUUGAGAUCCUUUUUAAAUGU